AUGUCUGUUAGUUUUGAUUACAGGGCUUUUCGUUGGGUUCAGACCAUGAUCUUUGCAAUUGAAGAAAUCAACAAGAAUGGCACUCUUCUGCCUGGAGUGUCCUUGGGCUAUAAAAUUGCGGACAGCUGUGAUAAUGUUCAUGACGGCCUGAGAGGGGCAUUGACUCUGGUAAAUGGCAACGAUGAAGCUGUCUUAAGUCCAAAGUGCAACAAGAGCUUUCCAGUAUCUGCCAUCAUUGGUCUGGCUUCCUCUUCUCCUACCCGAGCAGUUGCUCACACCAUAGGGCCUUUUGGUGUUCCACUGAUCAGUUACUUUGCUACAUGUGCUUGUUUGACCAACAAACGAGAAUUUCCCACUUUUCUCCGGACAGUUCCCAGCGAUUUAUUUCAGGUCAGAGGACUGGUCCAGCUGGUGACACAUUUCAAAUGGACCUGGGUGGGCGCUGUUGCAACAGAUGAUGAUUAUGGUCAAUACGGCCUCCAGUCGUUUGCGGAGCAACUGAAGGAACAUGGCGGAUGUUUGUCCUUUUACAAAACUAUACCCAAGACCUACUCUGCAGAAAAAAUCAGACAGAUAGUGGAAACCAUCAAAAGUUCAACUGCUAAGGUUAUCAUUGUCUUCACAACAGAGGGGAAGUUUUCUGAACUCCUGAAAGAGGUGAUACGUCAGAAUGUUACUGGCAGGCAGUGGGUGGCAAGCGAGGCCUGGGUCACAGCUACGCUGCUUUCCACAACGGAGUUCCAGGAAACUUUGGGAGGAACUAUCGGCUUUGCAUUUCGCAGUGCACAAAUACCUGGGCUUAGGGACUUCCUCUGGAGGAUCAGGCCCUCUCCCAGCCCAGAGUCAGUGUUUGUUAACAUGUUUUGGGAAAAGCUGUUUGACUGCAAGCUUAAUUUCCCCGGGGUCAAAACAAACUAUCUAGCUCCCAACUCCCAUAUCUGCACAGGCUCAGAAGACUUCAGGGCAACUAACAACAUUUACUCAGAUGUUUCUCAGCUAAGAGUUUCCUACAAUGUGUACAAAGCUGUGUAUGGCAUCGCUCAUGCUUUGCACGAACUGCUGGAGUGCAAGCACAAAGGAGAGGCACUGGGGAAUAGAGCCUGCAAAGCUGUCUUUCCUUUUGAACACAGGCAGCUGCUAAACUAUUUGAAAAAAGUUGAUUUUAUAAACCAAUUUGGAGAAAGAGUGAAUUUUGAUGAAAAUGGAGAGCCAGUGCCUCUAUACGACAUUAUAAAUUGGCAGAAAGAUGACAGUGGAAACAUCCGAUUUGUAAAAGUUGGAAGUUUUGAUGCCUCCACUCCGAAAGGGACACAGCUGAACAUAAAUGAAAAGGAUAUCAUGUGGUAUGAUGGUCAGGAACAGGUGCCAAGGUCAGUGUGCAGUAAGAGCUGUCCCCCAGGUACCAGGAAAGCCAUUCGUGUGGGGGAGCCUCUGUGCUGUUUCGACUGCCUACCCUGUGCCGAGGGGGAAAUCAGCUACGAAUCUGACUCUACUGAGUGUACAAAGUGUCCUCCGGAUCACUGGUCUGAUAAAGACAGGACGAUGUGUGAACCGAGAGCAAUAGAGUUCCUCUCCUUCCAGGACACUCUGGGAAUCAUUUUAGUCAUUUUGACUUUUGUGGGGGUUUCUGUAACACUGGCCACUGUUGUCAUUUUCUACAAUUGCAGAAGCACCCCCCUGGUCAGAGCUAACAACUCGGAGCUCAGCUUCCUGCUGCUGAUUGCCUUGGCUCUCUGUUUCCUGUGUUCACUUCUGUUCAUCGGCAAACCAUCGGUCUGGAGCUGUAUGGCUCGCCAAGCAGCCUUUGCAAUCAGCUUUGUGCUGUGCAUCUCCUGCAUUCUUGUAAAGACUAUCGUAGUGCUAGUCGCCUUCAGAGCCACAUUGCCCGGAUCCAACGCGAUCAAACGGUUCGGUCCUUUGCAACAAAGAGCGAUCAUUUUUCUCUGCACAGUCGUUCAAGCUGUGCUGUGUGCCCUGUGGCUCAUCGUGGCUCCCCCUUUCCCUUUCAAAAAUACGUCCUACCAGGGUGGGAAGAUCAUCCUUGAAUGUAAAGAUGGAUCAACGCUGGCCUUCUAUUUAGUUUUGGGAUAUAUCGGACUUCUUUCUUGUGUUUGUUUCGUGUUAGCUUUUUUAGGCAGAAAAUUGCCCGGCACCUUUAACGAAGCCAAAUUCAUCACCUUCAGUAUGUUUAUAUUUUUUGCAGUUUGGAUAUCAUUUAUACCAGCUUAUCAAAGCUCCCCGGGAAAAUACACAGUGGCAGUGGAAAUAUUUGCUAUUCUUUCCUCCAGUUUUGGACUUCUUAUCUGUAUAUUUGCACCUAAGUGUUAUAUAAUUUUGCUGAGACCUGAGAAGAACACUAAAAAAAGCAUUACGUGUAGUAAAAUUAAAAAAACCAACACACUUUAA